AUGGACCCGAGCAAGGAAGGUGGAGCACAGAGUGCGGGCCGAGAAUCUCCACACGCUGGUGCAUUUCAAUACGAUCCUCUUCCUACCGAUGAUCGUCGAGUAAUCCGAGUUUUGAGUCUUCUACCAGGUGCAGAAUCGACUCCGAUAGCGUGCACUUUAAUGUUUGCCGCUCUUCCGUCGGCUGAGACUCGGAUACCCAAGGCCAUCGAAAUCCUCCCUGGCCCUAUUCCUGUACCUUUCUGGGGUGAUCUCAAACCAAAAGAGCCUAAUGGCAAUCACAAGUGUAAUGCUAAACUAGAUGUACCCUCUCAAUUUGCUCUUGCCGAUUACGACGCUCUGUCCUACGUUUGGGGGGACUCAGCUCCAAACCAACAGAUAGCCCUCAAUGGUUGCGGAUUCGAAGUUACUCCAAACUUACACGCCGCAUUACGCCAUCUCCGUGACGGAAGUGCUGAGCGGACGCUCUGGGUGGAUGCUAUUUGCAUCGAUCAAUCCAAUACAAAAGAAAAGGAGCGAGAGGUUUCGCGCAUAGACAAGAUCUACUACCAUGCGCGGCAAGUUGUGGUAUGGCUGGGAGAAGGGACCCCACCUAGUGACAUCGCGAUGGAUUUCGCAAGCCGGAUAUAUGAGUGUUUUCAGACAAUGGACGAUCACGACCCGCGGAGGUUCAAAAACAAACCAGGGGGGGAGUACGACGAAGGCUUCAUUUAUUGGAUGGACAGUGGAACUCGAAUCUCGGUUGUCGAUGAGCUCCUAGACAACACACACUUAGAAUCAUGGACAUCUUUUCACGAGCUCCUCCAAAGGCCUUGGUGGGAACGAGCAUGGGUGCUUCAAGAAAUUACCCUUGCGAGCAACAUCUCUGUUCAAUGUGGAAACAUUUCCAAGCCUUGGAUCGUCAUUAAUGCGGCUGCGCAAAUUGCAUACGACACUUGGACUAUAGUUGCCAGUCGUCCAGCCCAGGGCGGUUCGUGGAUGCCAGCGUCGUCGCGUGAUGUUGUUGGAGCGCUCCUCCAUACACGGCACAGAUGGAGGCAGUAUCACCGCGUUAUCCCAAGUAAAGUGGCUACAAGAGAAGUCAAUUACAUUCCAGAACGUGCGGAAGGUGCCUUACAAUUCUUAAUGGCGAACACUCAACGCAAAUGCAAACUUUUGCCGGAUAAAAUCUUCUCAGUCCUGGGGCUGUUGCCGGAGGCACUAGCCAAAGCGAUCAGACCCAACUAUCAGCACCCGAGCGAGAGGGUCUUCAAGGAAGCUGUGAGAACUUUCAUCCAAGUGACCGGAUCCUUGAACAUCAUCUGCCAUUCUCAAUAUUCUCCAUGGCAGCAGGCAGAUCUUCCUUCCUGGAUGCCUGACUGGACGAGGCAGCCCAGGAUGGCAGUUUAUGCUGACCAAGCCCACACGGGCCUAGGCUUCUACAAUCCUGUCGGCGAUACGAAAGCCUGCAUAACCAUUUCCGACGAUCUCUCGGUGUUGACUGCUGAAGGCUUUGUUGUUGGGACGGUGAAGUUCGGCUUGGUCGAGUUUGCCCUCAUUCCUGGAUUGGCAAAAGUGUAUGGAGAACCUAGGCAGCAUAGCGCCGAUAUCUUAUCCUAUCCGAAUGGUCAUCGAGUUGUAGUCGUUCUCGGCCCUGGACGAAGCAGGCCCUCAGAUCCGAGCUAUUGGAAUUUUGGACAAUCAUUCUGGCAAAUUAUAGGUCCGCACAUCAAAGGAAAAUCCUACUACGAAGUAAUGGAAUUCGACCUCCUCUCGCUUUUCCUUCAGUGCCUUCAGAAGAGAUUGGCGGUGAUGAGAUCAGAAAUCCCGGCUCCGGAGGAGUCUAGAUUCCUCUCGGGGGAUGAAGAGGCUGAAUUCGCCAACAUUCCUGCAACUGUACAUUCCUUAUUGGUCGGCAGGACACUCGUCGUCUUGGACGAAAAGAUCAUGGGAUUCGCGCCGGAUUUCACUCAGCCAGGGGAUUUGGUAUGUCUACUCAAAGGCUGUGAUUCACCCGUGAUCCUUCGCAAGCAGGCAAACGCGCCAUACAUGUUCAUUGGAGACUCUUAUUUCUUGGAAUUCCAGAGAGGCGAAGGCAUGGAGGGGCUGAAAGAAGGGAAAUACACGCUGGAAAAGUUUCCAAUGGGACCGGCUCUGCGCGCAGAGAGAGCCAAAUUAUGA